UCCUCGUUCUCCUUCUUCUUCCCUCUCCUUUGCUUUUCGCCGGCCCACUCAAUCCGCCAUGGCUAAACCUGAGCUCGAGGGGAGAAAACUGAAAAGCAAAAGCUGAAUAAAAUUUUAAAAAGGAGAGAGCCCUUUUUUUCCUCACCUUUUCAUGUCCUUUUGUCUCUUGGCCUUUUCUCCACCCAAAGCAAAACAAUUCUCUAUUCACUAUUCUAUUCUGUUUAAGAACACAACAAAUUAGUCCCCUGGGGGAAAGAUCCAAAAGAACAAAAAAACUCCCAUUUGCUUCCCGAACGUUAUUCUUCUCGUCUCUUGUCUGUUUCGAUUUUUGGAGAACUGGGAUAAGCCGUGGUGGGGAGGUCGAGCGUAUCUCUCCCUAUCCGCCAUUGUCGUCUCGUCUCCAUGUGAUCUGUUUUUAGUACAGAAGGGAAGAAACAGACAAUGAAGCAGAAGGGCAAGCAGCAAUUGCUUCUUCUUCAUCUUCUUCUUCGCUCUCUGGUGGCUGCUCACUUACCCAUUUGGAUUUUCCUCUCGUUCGACUCAGCUCACGCCGGUCCCGACGUUCUUCUUCCUUCACCACUUGUUGUUGCUCAUUCUCAUGCUUCGCAGCCUGCUGCUCCCAACGUUUCUACUCCCAUGGCUGCCUUCUCUCCAGGCAGUCAAUUGCAACUGGGAGUUGAAGCAGGGCACCACAAACACAUGGAACUGGAUAAGAAAACGCACAUCAUACUUGCUGUUGCAUGCGUUAUCAUGGCCGUGAUAAUCUUUCUCUUCGUAUCUGCUGGUUGCCUUUGCUACUGGAAAGUUCUUCGGAAGAGGAAAAAGUCCACAAAUCCAGAUGCGGAGAAAGGGGUCUUGUUCAGCAAAUUCCGUGCCUUGAGGAUGCCUAGCAACAGGGGAUGUGUUCCAUUGAUUGAAUACAAGACACUGGAGAAAGGCACACAAAAUUUUGUGGAGGAGAAUUUGUUGGGCAGGGGCGCAUUUGGACUUGUUUACAAAGCCACCAUGGAUGAUAGCUCUGCAGUUGCGGUGAAGAAACUCGAUUGUGCAACUGAAGAUGCAAAAAGAGAGUUUCAGAAUGAGGUGGACUUGUUGAGCAGAUUUCAGCAUCCAAACAUCAUUUCCUUGGUUGGUUACGGUGUUCAUGAGGGUUCGGGUUUCAUUGUGUACGAGUUGAUGCCUAAUGGGUCACUUGAAGAUCUUUUGCAUGGACCUUCCCGAGGGUCUAAAUUAACUUGGCAUAUGCGGCUGAAAAUUGCUCUGGAUACAGCAAGAGGAUUAGAAUAUUUGCAUGAAUACUGCAAGCCAGUAGUGAUCCACAGAGAUCUGAAAUCAUCCAAUAUCCUCUUGGAUUCCAAUUUCCACGCUAAGCUCUCAGAUUUUGGUUUAGCAGUGGCUGAUAGCACCCGUAAAAAGAACAAGCUUAAACUUUCCGGCACUGUGGGCUAUGUUGCGCCCGAGUACAUGCUAGAUGGGGAGUUGACGGAGAAGAGUGAUGUAUAUGCGUUUGGAGUAGUGCUAUUAGAGCUUCUACUGGGAAGAAGGCCGGUGGAGAAACUGGCACCAGCUCAUUGCCAAUCCAUUGUCACAUGGGCCAUGCCUCAGCUAACUAACAGGGACAUGCUCCCAAACAUUGUGGAUCCUGUGAUUAAAGACACCAUUGAUGAGAAGUACCUAUUCCAGGUUGCAGCUGUUGCUGUGCUAUGUGUGCAACCAGAACCUUCAUACCGGCCUCUGAUAACCGACGUGGUGCAUUCCUUGAUUCCCCUGCUUCCACUUGAACUGGGAGGGACGCUUAGGACCACUCAGCCUGCAGUGACAUGCUGAUGAUAAUAAACUGAAGUCAUUCUGUAUAUGGGCUGUUUCUUUCAAGGAGCUUGAAUCUUUAUUACAAUACCCUUUUCGUUCAUUUUGGGUAGGGUUAGAGGUAUUCCUCCACGUUUGGGAAAUUUUCUUCCACGUUUUGUAAAGUUUUGAACACUCGUUGAGAAAGCUACAUAAGGGUCCUAUUUCUUUGGUGACAAGAAAACAAGUGUUGAAUGCCUUCAUAUUUUCUGUGAAAGUGAAUACAGUUUAUUCUUCUGGGAUAUAUAGUUAAGU